UGCGAUGCCUGAGCCAGCUAAGUCUGCUUCUGCUCCGAAGAAGGGCUCCAAAAAGGCGGUGGCCAAGGCCCAGAAAAAGGACGGCAAGAAGCGCAAGCGCAGUCGCAAGGAGAGCUACUCCGUGUAUGUGUACAAGGUGUUGAAGCAGGUUCACCCGGAUACCGGUAUUUCCUCCAAGGCUAUGGGCAUCAUGAAUUCAUUUGUCAACGACAUCUUCGAGCGCAUCGCGGGCGAGGCGUCGCGUCUGGCGCAUUACAACAAACGCUCGACCAUCACGUCCAGGGAGAUCCAGACGGCCGUGCGCCUGUUGUUGCCCGGGGAGUUGGCCAAGCAUGCCGUGUCCGAGGGCACCAAGGCUGUUACCAAGUACACCAGCUCCAAAUAA